CUUGAGCCGUGUAUGUUCUUCUGGAAGUGUGAUUGUUUCUUUUUCAUCUCUUUUUCCUGCCGUGGUAUCUGGUCUGUUUUUCUCUCGCGAUAUUCUUGUGCGUGGAGAUACGUAUCGUGUGUGCGCGCGGCAUAUUGUUUUUAAAUGACUGUAUACGUCGAUGUAUGUGUGGUAGGAGGUAGGUGAUCCGACGUCGCCGUCGUCCCCGUGGCAAGAACGGUGCAACGAGUGAAGAAUGAAGGAUAAGGACGCGUGAACGAUAAAAGGGGAGUGGGGGUGGGGGGAUGGAGAUCGAGAGUGUGUCCGGAAAAUGUUUCGCGGGAAAUUGACUUUGUUGAAGUGAACUGUAAAACGGUCCCAGCGCAUCGGAAAGUGACGAUUGAAAUGUGAUAAGGGGGGAAAAAGCCGGUUAACGGAGAAAGUUUCGGGCGGGGAAGAGUGUGCGAGUAGUAAUAUGCGUUUGCAAGCAUCGGGACAAUGUUCGACAAAGGUGGUUCCUAGGAAGGAAAAGUUGAAAAGUACGAAACACCGACUGGAGACGGCCGCCUCCUCGAUAAUGAAGACAGAAGGCACUUCGUGAAAUCUGAGAGGGUAGGCGAUAUCGGGCAUGAUAGGGAUGAACUUGCGGCCGUGGGUGAGACGGAGAUGACCACUAGAUCCGUGCCUCGUCCUGAAGACGAAGACGAGGAGGACGAGGAAGAAGAGGAAGAAGAAGAGGAGGAGGAGGAGGAGGAAGACAACAAGAAGGCUCGUCUGAGUCUACGAUAUCACUGCCACUGAUAUCCACUCUCUCGUCGCAUCGAUGCCGACCCCUGCGUCCAUUGAUAGAGGUAUGGGGAGCGUCGUAGGCAGCAACGUGAACGUGAGCAACAUGACGACGAGGAGGAUGGACUCGACGACGUUCAUGCCGGAAGCGACGCCAACCCUUAGCGAACGGGAGCAACUGAAAAUCGAAUUCUACAAGACCUACGAUGUUAUGACCGGGGUCCGAAUCGCUGCGACACUCGGCGGUUUCUUCGGUCUUAUGAUCCUUCUGCUUGUAUAUAAAAGCAGGUGUAAAUCGAACAAGCAGUUAGACGAUCCAAGACUGACAGCAGCAGCUGCCGCAGCAGUGGCUGAACAAGAAGCCGAGGAAAGGGCCCUCGCAGCCGCCCUUGAAGCCAUCGCAAGAUUACCACCGAGACCAGAUCGGGGUCCUAGGAGAUCUCUUUGCGUCGAGUUACAGGUGAAUCAGUCUCAUUCUCCACGAAUUAGUCCGCGUUUCGCGUCAGUCGGGGGCGGCUACGAGGCUCUGUUGACGGCGCCAACGAAACAACCGAAUUUGGCACCCCCCGAGGAGCAGAGGAGAUGCAGUUCGGUGACAUGUAGCAGCACCGGAAGUAGCUAUCUCGAGAGGAGAGGAUCUGCGAUGCCGGUGCCGUGUCUGCCGCUUCAUCCUACGUAUUCGUCGAAACACGCUGCCCACGACGAACCCUGGGACCUUUACUAUCCCAUUGACAUUCAGGUGAUCCAACCAACCCCCGAGCUUUCUCCUUGCACAAGUGAGGCUGGUCUCUACGCGACCGAAUUCUUGCUCGCCGGACCUACCGGCAAAAGGGCGCCAUUAGCUUCCAUGGGCAGUGUCGAUCCUCCGGAACCGGACUCAAGGUCAGUAAUAAAUUUCAAUUAUGGAAGGUCAUUGGGCUCCGACUCGGUCUUCCUGAGAAACGAUGAACAAGAGGAGGAGGGACUCGACACGGAGGAUGAGGUGUCUGGGUUCUCGACCGACUCCGACGCACCCGGGCCCAGAAAGAAGGGGAUCGUCGAGAAAUGGAACCGUUGCGCCGGAUGUGUCCCUAGGCGGCGACCCGGGGGAAAACCUUGUCGAACUUGCCUCAGCAUCAGCGCGGCUGUUGAAACCCCUAGGUCGCAAACGGUAUCGGUGAGCACCAGUAGCCAGAGCAGCCUCGAAUCGCCGCCGUGUUCACCAGCCAUCGAGCUAAGGCACAGACCACCACCGGCGCCCCUACCAUCCAGUCCACCCGUCUGGUCCCAGGAAACGUUGUUCUAGUUACACGAAGAGAAUUCACACGCGACACGUGGUAUAACCGAUACGAAAAAACACAAAUCAACACACUCAGGAAGCUUUCGCGCGGACAGACGGCCCGAUCGAAUCGCACAAAGGUGAUCCUCCUGCCGCGGGUGAACACAUACGUGCAGGAGGAUCGAACGAACUCACGAACGGGUGGCGAACCUGCAAAUAAUCGCUAUGGUUCGUGGUAUCAAUUCUAUUUUUUAAGAAAUAGAAGUGGAGACAAAGCAAAUGCUGCGUGGAAUUAGAAUUUUAGACGAGCAGGAAAUCUGGAGCCGGGGUGUCGUUCGAUGUUAUUUUAACAGGAAGAAUGGAACGGGAGAA